CGGCGGGGCGUCGAGCCGCGAUGGCUGAGGCGGAGCCGGCGUGGCGGAGCUGAGGCGGCGGCGGCGCUUCCCGCGGCGCGGCCUUCCUCGUUUCGCCGCAGCCGGCCCUGCCCGUCGUGAGCAGAAGCCCUCCGCUUCCGAUCCGUCCUCCUUCCCUUCCCGUUCCUUCGCUGGCUGCUGGGCGGGGAUGAGGCGGCAGCCCGGCGGAGGUGGCGGCGGCGGCGGCGGCGGCGGCGGAGGCGGCAGCGGUGACAACGACACCGACGACGGCGACUUGGAGGGGCGGUCCCCAGCCUAGCGCGCUCCCCACACACGCGCCUCGACCCUUUCCGCCGGGCCUAAAGCGGCGGAGGAUGUCGGAGGAGCCCGACGCGGACAAGAUGAUCAAGGAAACUUCUAUUUUAGAAGAAUACCAUAUUAACUGGACUCAGAAGCUGGGAGCUGGAAUCAGUGGCCCAGUGCGAGUCUGCAUGAAAAAAUCGUCUCAAGAACGUUAUGCGCUGAAAAUCCUUCUUGAUCGCGCAAAAGCUAGAAAUGAGGUCCGGCUGCACAUGAUGUGUGCGACUCACCCCAAUAUCGUCCAGAUUAUUGAAGUCUAUGCUAAUAGCGUGCAGUUCCCUCAUGAGUCCAGUCCAAGGGCCCGGCUCCUAAUUGUAAUGGAGAUGAUGGAAGGGGGCGAGCUGUUUCACAGAAUCAGCCAGCAUCGGCACUUUACUGAGAAGCAAGCAAGCCAAGUAACAAAGCAGAUAGCUUUGGCCUUGCAACACUGUCAUUCGUUAAACAUUGCACAUCGAGACCUGAAGCCCGAGAACCUUCUUUUCAAGGAUAAUUCUUUGGAUGCCCCAGUGAAGCUCUGUGACUUUGGAUUUGCCAAGGUGGACCAAGGUGACCUGAUGACACCACAGUUCACUCCGUAUUAUGUAGCACCGCAGGUACUAGAGGCACAAAGGAGGCACCAGAAAGAGAAAUCGGGCAUCAUUCCUACCUCGCCAACCCCCUAUACUUAUAACAAGAGCUGUGACUUAUGGUCUCUGGGUGUCAUCAUUUAUGUGAUGCUCUGUGGCUACCCACCUUUUUACUCGAAGCACCACAGCCGAACAAUUCCCAAGGACAUGCGGAAAAAGAUCAUGACGGGGAGCUUCGAAUUUCCAGAGGAGGAAUGGAGCCAGAUCUCCGAGAUGGCAAAGGACAUCGUGCGGAAGCUGCUCAAGGUAAAGCCAGAGGAAAGACUGACCAUAGAAGGUGUUCUGGACCACCCUUGGCUGAACUCCACGGAGGCUCUCGAUAACAUUUUGCCCUCUGCCCAGUUAAUGAUGGACAAGGCGAUGGUGGCUGGGAUACAGCAGGCCCACGCCGAGCAGCUGGCAAACAUGAGGAUCCAGGACCUCAAAGUCAGCCUCAAGCCCCUGCACUCCGUCAACAACCCCAUCCUGCGCAAAAGGAAGCUGCUGGGAACCAAGCCGAAGGACAGUGUGUACAUCCACGAUCCCGAGAACAGCAGCGAGGACUCCAACGUCGCUCUGGAAAAGCUCCGUGAUGUGAUUGCCCAGUGCAUCCUGCCACAGGCUGGUAAAGGUGAGAAUGAAGAUGAGAAACUGAACGAAGUGAUGCGGGAAGCUUGGAAAUAUAACAGGGAGUGCAAAUUAUUCCGAGACACUCUUCAGACCUUUAGCUGGAAUGGCAGAGGAUUCACGGAUAAAGUGGACCGGCUAAAACUGGCAGAAAGCGUGAAACAAGUCAUUGAAGAGCAGACGAACUCCCACGACUCGCAAUAGUUGGGGCUGCUUAUUCUUAACAAAAACAGAACUUCCCCAUUUUUUUUAACCCUUUGAGAAGUUAUCCUUUAAACUGUAAAAAGUAUUUUUAUGUAAAUUAAUAAAUCAUAAUUAUUUCAUUAAAUUUCCACACAGCUUGAAAAAUGCUGUAUAGGUGUAGAUAACAAGAAUCAUUGGUACUGUAAUAUUUUUUUAAAAAUUCAGUUUAUACAUACAUAUAUAUGUAUAUGUGUGUGUGCAUGCAUAUUACAUAUAUAUAUAUGUAUGUAUGUAUAUGUAUAUAUGCGUGUGUGUGUGUGUGUAAAUUUUUAUGUACCGUUUAAUUCCCAACUGUUAAACGGGACAAAUCCUCGUGUUCUCCUCCGUAACCCGAUACUCCGGUCUCCCUGCAGCUGCCAACUUCAAACAGGUUCCAGCCCCUCUAUCAGUUCGUGGUGUCGCAUUUCCAUCCUUUGCCUUCAGCUCAGUCACUUUUCUGAAGCAGGACUAAGGGAUGUGAGCAGCAGGACUGUCCCUCCUCACUUUCUUCCAAGGCCGCCAUUUUCAUGGCAGGCAGAGUAGCCAGCUGUGGUGGGUGACCCAAGGGACCUCUUGUGCCUGCAAAGGGAGCGCUCCUGCCUCGCCAAGGCCGCCGUGUCAAGCGGUGACGCUUUCCCUUGGGCUUCCCACUGCAAAGCUAAAGAGGAGAGAGAGCAGUCCUCUGAUCUGGCAACGGUGGCUUUUUCCCUCUUUUUUAACAAUUUCAGUUGACAAAGAUCUGUACAUAUUUCUAGUUUUCUAUCUGACAUGUUUGCUUUUUAAGACUGGGCUGAUGGCGGUUUUAUAGAAUUAUUUUGGUACAAUCACCUGUGCUGUUCAGCAACUGAGGAGCCAGUUCAGAGCUACUAAUUUUUUUUUUACUUUGAUAAAAGCUCUGUUUCUGGGAUCAUUUACCCUGGGUUUCCUGAGCCAUAUCACCUCAUCCCACGGUGUUGCCAUCUUCCAUGUUGGUUCUUUUGCUUCUUCCCGGCUCAUCCGUCGGCAGCUGUCUUCCUAGUCCAAACCCUUCCCACUGGAGCAGAGAUGGAAGGCCCUUCACAGCACUGCCAUUUUCUCGAUCCCUUCCAGCCGUUCUCAGUGAGUAUCGUGAAACUGCCUCCGUGAGGGCAAAGCUGGUGACCACGCGUUUGGUUUCACUCUUCAACGCUGAUCGAGGAGUGUGGACAUUCCAGAGGAGGAGCAGGCAGGGAUUAAUGCGUCGGCAGCCUGCCCUCCAGCGUACGGGUUGCGACAUGCCCGCGACCGAUUCAAGGCGACCCAUGGCCCUGUCUGGCCUGCAGCUCAUAGGCAUGAGGAGCGCACGCAAGGACACGGGCAAAGCAGCCCCUCUUGGACCCACCCACCCACCAGCUCAAGUCUGGUGAAGACAGACGAAGUGUUCUGCUGCAUGGCAAGGAGCUUUCUACCCACUGCUCCCAAGGAGUAACAGAAGCCUCCGCUCAGAAGCAAACUGCCAAAGCAAGAGGGAGUCCGUUUUUGUUCUUGAGAAGACCUGAGCAAACUGAAUUUUACCACCAGCCUGUAACUACUUGCCCAGUCAAAUGUAUUUCUGGAUAAAGUAGACGCGAACGACAGAGUUGUCAUUCUUCCCUCAGUCUGCUGCGCACCGGAAGCAUCCGAGUGGGAUGGUGUAUCGUGCUGCCCCACAACAGCAGGGGGUUGGACCUGAUGGCCUUCAUGGCCCCUUCAACUGUACUAUUCUAUGAUUCAUUAUUCGCUGCUGCUUUGAGAGAACUGGCACCCAUCCUCUCCCAAAAGUUUUACAGACCUUUCAGCUGAAACAUCUGUUCUCCGAUUUCUCUCUCGGUAUUGGGGACUGUGCAUCUUGGUGACCAGCCAGUGCAGGUGCGAAGAAAAUCGAUGGCAGGGUUUGCCUUGCCUCUUGGUAGAAGUGCUGUACGCGGGCAUGAAAGGAGGAUCAGAGGGAAAAAUACAAGCUUCAAGGUGUGCUUAUCUUGCAUGUUUACCUGGAAGUGACUUCCAGCAGGAGCAGCUCCCAGGAUGCCAUGCUCAGCUGGGGUCCAGGCCAUUGGGUCUCGGGGAACGUUGAAAAAGAUGGUGGGGGAAGUUUGGUGUAUCAAUUUGCGGCUGAAGGUGGAGCGCUGUUGUAGCUCUGUAUUUUGAAAGCUUCGCUUUAUUUUCUUACCUCUUUUAAGUGGUGUGGGUUUAUUAGAUUAAAAUAUUUUUCACUUCACUUCAUCUGCCUCCCUACCAUAUUCUGAAGCAGGCUGCCUGUCUGAGAUCUUUGGACCACAGGUUGAGUGAGUGUUUCAUGUCGCGCUGAAUGCACAGGGCAAGCGGAUGCCGGGGAAAACUCUCGGGAUGGGGAAUCUGCAGAGCGGAGCUCUCCGUGGAAAACACCAGCUAGCCUGGCCAGGGGCUCCGUGUGCCAACAAUGAAGCGAGCACAACACGUCUGUGUAUCAGUCCAGCCAUUUGCUGCAAUCAAGCCUGCCCCGGCAAUUUUGCGGUCUUUGCUGAAGGGAACUGGCGAAGCGCUCACAAGGAACAGGACUCCACGCGUCUAGGAAUUCUCAGCAGAGGUUUUAAGGACUGGAUGGGGAUGCAGCAGGGGAUGACAUUGUGCCAAGAGAACUGGCGGUGCUGGAUGGCAAUGGGGCAGGUGACCGGCCCAUGAGGAAGGCUGCUGUAGAGAAAAAUACGCCGCAACCGGAAAACUUUCCUUUGGAGGGGGAAGGAAGUCUCUGAUCUGUGGCAACUCCUGCCCAAACACUGAUUGUCCUGGAAGUGCAUGUGGAUUUCCUUUUGGCUCCAGUGUAGCAUUUCCCACAUUUAGGGCCCUGUUGCAAAUUUUUGCAAAGCAUACCUUGGAAGAAACCUAUAGAAUCCUGUGACGAUUGGUCACAGCUUAGCUUAGCUGGAAGCAUUUGUUUGAAAGAGCAGAAACGUGUGUGGAAAGGGAAUUUGUGCUGAGAGCACGUGGCAGUGCGCAUGCACGUUUUACGGUCUCCCACACUCAUCUUUUAUGCCCAAGCUUCCCCACCACCCCACCCCAUGUCCCCCCCUAACUUUCAGUGUGCCCUUUUGCUUUACCACCGUUUUGCUUUUCUUUUGGAAUCAGUAUUAUAUAAAUGUAAAUAUUAUGCAUUGGUGUACAUAAAUAAUUUUACUAAAAUUUA